AUGACAGACGCAUCCAAACUCGAAGAUGUCCGUCCUCUCUUCGAGCUCCGCGAGCGCAACUACAUCAUCACAGGCGGCGCACAAGGCAUCGGAUUUGCCUGCGCUCGCGCAAUCUGUGAAAUGGGAGGCAACGUCGCCAUCCUAGACAUCCAAGCCAAACCCGUCUCGGAAUUUGAAGAUCUCAAGAAAUUCGGCACAAAAUCAACAUACAUCCAAACGGAUGUCACGAAAGAAGAGAGCUUGAAAACUUCAUUUGAGCAGGUUCUUAAGGCUCUAGGAUCUGUUGAUGGCUGUGUGCUAGCUGCGGGAAUUGCGAUUGAUAAGCCGUUCGUGGAACAGACGUGGGAUGAGUUCAACAGGAUUCAGGAUAUCAAUGUCAGAGGCACAUUCUUCACAGCCCAACUCUGCGCAAAACAAAUCAUCAAACAAGGCACCAGCGGCAGUUUCGUCCUCCUCGCCUCUCAAUCCGCACACAUCGCCCUCCCAGGCUACCGAAUGGCAGCCUACAACGCCUCCAAAGGCGCCGUAAUGAUGCUCUCCAAAGUCCUCGCCGUCGAGCUCGCACCCUACAAAAUCCGCUGCAACACCAUCUCACCUGGUUUCGUGGACUCGGAAAUGACCAGGUCUGUCAGAGAUACCAAGAGCAAGAGGGAGGGAGACCAGAUGUGGCUUGCUCCUCCGAAUCAGCGACUCAGUAAUCAGAGCGAUUUGACGGGUGCGGUUGUUUAUCUUUUGAGUGAUGCGGCGAGACAUACGACAGCGGCGGAUAUUCCGAUUACGGGUGGUUUGCAUGCUGGAACGAUUGAUGGUGUGAUAGCUUACGCAUAG